CCUGCCCUCCAGGGUCCCGCACUCCACAGCCUUCGGUAAUGUUUGGGGCACGAACUCUUUCCACCUUCGAGCGGGACCAGAACCUGUCGGGUUAACGGGUGAGAUCCCAGCCUGCGUGGCUGGAGAUUUAAGACCCCCGCACGUUGAUUGGCUCCAGCUGUAGAGGUGUGUCAGCGGCUCCGGCGCCCGCGAAGUGCGCAUGCGCAUGGUACCGCUGCGCGCAGGCGCGAUGAGCGCGGAGCGUCUUGUCCAGUCCCAGAGAGUCCGAGCUGCCGUGGCCGAAGAGGAGUGGUCGGACUCGCUCGAGGAUCUACAUUUCCCUUUCUGUGACUGGUAGUUUUGAUUCAUCAUGGAUAAUCUGUCACCAGAAGAAAUUCAGCUGAAGGCUCACCAGAUUACUGAUGAGUCUCUGGAAAGUACAAGGAGAAUCCUGGGUUUAGCCAUUGAGUCUCAGGAUGCAGGAAUCAAGACCAUCACUAUGCUGGAUGAACAAGGGGAACAACUAAACCGCAUAGAAGAAGGCAUGGACCAAAUAAAUAAAGACAUGAGAGAGGCAGAGAAGACUUUAACAGAACUCAACAAGUGCUGUGGCCUUUGCGUCUGCCCUUGUAAUAGGACGAAGAACUUCGAGUCUGGAAAGGGCUAUAAGGCAACAUGGGGCGAUGGUGGCGACAACUCACCAAGCAAUGUAGUAUCUAAGCAACCAGGCCGGGUAACAAAUGGCCAGCCUCAGCAAGCCACAGGGGCAACCAGCGGUGGAUACAUUAAACAUAUAACUAAUGAUGCCAGAGAAGAUGAGAUGGAAGAAAACUUGACUCAAGUGGGCAGUAUCCUGGGAAACCUGAAGAACAUGGCUUUGGACAUGGGCAAUGAAAUUGAUGCUCAAAACCAACAAAUACAGAGAAUCACAGAAAAGGCUGACACCAACAAGGAUCGUAUUGACAUUGCUAAUACAAGAGCAAAGAAACUCAUUGACAGCUAAAGCUCCUGCUGUACUUUAUCAUUUACUCGGCUCUCUAGCGUCUCCUCCUGAGUCAUUACCUUUCAGAGUUCCAAGUUCUGGUCCCACAGUCUUCUAACUGGAGAUAAUAUGAAAGAAGGACCAGAGGAGUAACAGCCUUCCUACUUUUUUUUACUUCUGUGGGUUUUGAGGGUAGGCUACUGUUGAGUCUUCCUUACAGUAUUUUCUCUCUUAGUUGUAUUCUUAGAUUGGUUUCUGUGAUCACACAUAGCGUCUUCAUCCUCUUCACUCACUGAGGUUCUUUUGCUUUCAGGAUUCCAGAGCAUUGCCAAAGACAGUCAUGAAGGAAGUGGCUGUAUAAGUGGCUUUGUUUUGUUUUUUUGGUUAAUUUGGGUUUUAUGGUUAAGGACAAGAGGAAGGAGCAAGAGAUGAGGUAGUUGACUCAGUAAAAACCCAGAGGCCACCCAGAAAAAAAAAAGGUUGCCUAACUACAGUGAAGAUCUACUUUUAAUUUUUAAGUUGCAGUUUUUGCCACUUAAGGCUAAUACUUGGUUUUGGAGCUUUUAUACAUAAUUAUACAUCACUGGUUUUUGUUACACAUCACUAUUCUGAUCUUCUGCUCCAAAAAGAAUAGAAUUGAGUGUUCUUAAGGUGAGCUUAAUUUCUGAACUAGUGAUUAAUGUAUGUAUAUAGAUUCUGUGAUCCCAUUUUAUACCGCACAUUCAAGAACACUGUAUAAAUGAAUACCUUUUAUUUUCAUAUUAGUAGUAUCAUGGUCCCAUUACAGGCCUAUUAGCCCCAUAAAUUUGUCUUGCCUUUAAAGUAUAUAAAUAUAUACAUGAAACAUGAGAAUUCUUCACUAAAACAGGCUUUAAAAUUUGGGGGGAAAGUUUGAUAAAGUGUAUCAUGUGAAAUCAGAUUUACCUCAAUACUAAGAAUUAUGCUUAGAUAGGAAAAAAGAACAUUGUUUUAUCUCAGGUAGAUUGCUUUGAAUUUUGUGUAGUUUUAGACAUUUAAAAAUUUAGAAUUUGGCCGGGUGUGGUGGCGCACGCCUUUAAUCCCAGCACUCGGGAGGCAGAGGAAGGCGGAUCUCUGUGAGUUCGAGGUCAGCCUGGUCUCCAUAGCGAAUCCAGGCCAGCUAGGGCUACAGGGAGACCCUGUCUCAAAAAGACCAAAAAAAAAAAAAAAAAAUUUAGAAUUUGUUACUAAAAGCCAUUUGGAAAAUUAUGCCUUCGGUUUAAUUAUUGAUGAUUUGCACUGUCAUUCUCUUUGCCUUGUGUCCAGAAUCAAGUUUAUGUAGCUACUGAAUAGUGUCAUGAAAAUUGAAUUUGUAUUUGUGAUCUUUACUCAAACACUAGCAUCUGCAUACUUCAGAGCUAUCAAAGUAGAUUGGUUUGACCAAUAACCACUGUUUGAUUCUUACAGUUAAAUUUUGUGACUAAUGGCAUUGUUCUUUCAAAUAGGUAACCUGUAUCUAUGACUUAUUUGGGGGGCAAUAAUUUCAUCAGCUUUUGUUUAACAAAUUGAAUAAAGCAAAUGUCCAUAAAUCAAGCA